GUGAAGCUUGAGUUCACUUCGCCGUUAUUCUUUUAAUAGUAGAACAUCUUCAACUAGGACUAUAUCCACCCCAUACACUGGCGAGACUCCGUACAGCAGUGCACAUUUCUUUGCUGUGAGAGGUUGCACGAUGUCGGCCAUCGAGACUCGUCAGCAUCCCUGCAGUGCUUAUCUCCCCCACAUGAACCGCACGACGCCGAUAUCUUGAAGAGUGUCCAUGGGCUAUCAGCAUGCAGUAGCCGAUUGCGACUCCGUGCCGAUGCGAUUACCAUUCUGUCGAGUGUGAUCUGGUAUAAGUCUCUGCCAUGGUAACAUUGAGCUCUUACGGGUGUCUCCCGUUUGCUGUCCACGCAACUUGUACGGGGAAGUGGGCGUUGCUUUUCAACCGUGUUCUUCACAGUUGAGUAUCCAAAGUCGAGUGUCUCAAACCGACUUCUCACUUCCCGUCUCCGGGAUCAAGAGUGUUGCAACGGGCACCGUCCACACAAGAUGGGCCUCCUCAACCGCCUCCGCGUUCCCGCCGCCCCCGGUACCUCGGACAUCCACGGCCGCGACGCCCUCCUCAAUAACGACGACCUUCGCCCUCUCAAGCUCGCCGACCGCACCUGGAGCCAAUGGACCUACUUCACCUUCUGGUUCUCCGCCACCGCGACCGUGUCCAACUGGUACGCCUCCUCCACCGCCCAGGCCCUCGGCCUCUCCAUGUGGGAGUCCCUCGCCUGCGCUUUCGGCGGACAAUGCCUCAUCGCCGCCAUCAUCACCCUCAACGGCCGGCCGGGCAGCUGCUAUCAUGUGGGAUACCCCGUCGUCUGCCGUGCUGCCUUUGGCAUCUACGGCGCGUGGUGGCCAACCUUUAACCGCGCCGUCAUGGCUAUCGUCUGGAACGGUGUUAAUGCCGUGCAAGGGGGACAGUGCAUCUACGUGAUGCUCCACGCCAUCAUCCCGGGUAUCGCAAACAUCCCAAACACCAUGGGCGAGGGCUCCGCGCUCACGACAGCGGGGAUGAUUGGCUUCGUCAUCUUCUGGCUCAUCACCUGCGCGUUCCUCGUCAUCCCUGUCCCCAAGAUGCGCGGGCUCGUCUACGCGAAGCUGUGCGUCUUCAUCAUAUCCGCCGUGGCCAUGCUUGCGUGGACAGCGACAAAGGCAGGCGGCCUCGGUCCUGUAGUACGCCAGGGCGGUACGGCGACGGGAUCAAAGAGGGCGUGGCUGAUCGUCCAAUUCCUGAUGCUCGGCGCGGCCAACUGCGCCACCUUUGCGAGUAACGCCGCGGACUUCCAGCGGUAUGCAAAGAAGAAGAACGAUGUUAUUGUCGGCAACCUCUUCUGUUUCCCUGUUGCCAACUUCAUCGUGGCAGCGGUGGGAAACCUCGUCUGCGCCUCUAGCGAGUUGAUCUUUGGCGAGCUGAUCUGGAACCCCGUGACGCUGCUGGAUAACCUCCAGACGGCCGAGUACACGGCAGCCAACCGAGCCGGGUGCUUUUUCAUCGCCGGGUGCUUCGCAUACUGCUGCAUCUUCAGCUCCAUCUUUGAGAACUCUUUGCCGGCCGGUAACGACAUUGCGGCGUUGUUUCCCAAGUACCUCACAGUUCGAAGGGGCUUCUUUGUCUGUGCCGUCAUUUCGUUCGCCAUCAACCCUUGGUUCCUGCUGGGCUCUGCCUCCGUCUUCGUGUCCUUCCUCUCCUCUUACCAAAUUUUCCUCUCGGCCAUCACGGGCGUCUUGCUGGUAAACUACUACAUCAUCGGCCGCGGUCGCAUCAGCAUACCAGAUUGCUUCACGUCAAUGAAGUCAGGGGCCUACCACUACUCCCACGGCUGGAACAUCCGUGCCUACGUCGCCUACAUUGUUGGCAUCAUCCCCAACUUUUACGGCUUUCUCAACAACAUGGGUGUUUCAGCCCCCGUCGGCGUCACGAGGUUCUACUUCUUUGCGUAUUGGGUCGGACUGUUCCUAUCCGGCUUCACCUUUUGGGUUUCCUGCAAGAUUUGGCCACCUCCGAUCAUGGAAGCGGGAUGGAUUGAGCCGAAGGACUAUGUCAGGCCCGAAGAGCUGGAAGGCGAGGGGCAGGUCAUCGAGGCUAUCGACAUGCCCCAAGGUGGCGAGGCGGUGGACCAUGAGAAAGGUCAUGGUGAAAAGGUGGUCAAGGUGUAGUGCGGCACACUAAAGAACCGCCAAAAGGAUAACACGGAAAAAAGAUAGAUCCGUCUUGAUAAUGCUAGUACGAAAAGGUCGUCAAGGCCUCAAAAAAGUAUUGCAAUUCGUUUAAUGAUGGGAAGCUACCUGCUAAAGCUCAGCAAGAAGACCCCAAGCAAUUGGCUUGCGAUGCAUCAGGCCUCAACCGUAUCGUCAUCUAAAGACUG